AUGAUGCAGACAUCUUCUGCUGCAGGUGCUCUAUCAACAAAGAAGCCCAAGAAGGUGCGUGAAAAGAAGGAGUAUACACCAUUCCCACCGGCCCCAACGGCUAGCAAGGUGGAUAAAGAGAUUGAGAGUGGUGAAUACUUCAUGAAAGAGCACGAGCGCAAAGCUAUGAAAAAGGUUAAGAAACACGAGGAGAAGGCUCAGAUGCUUCAGAAGCGUAAGGCUGACAAGAUGGCUGAAUACGUCGCGCCGAGUGAGAAAGAGAUAAACAAGAAACGCAAAAAACAAGGGACUGAAGCCCGAGAAAUUAACAAGCUUGCCACUUCUGUGGAGGCCCUCAAACAGAAGUUUUUGAGCCAGAAGAGCACGAAAGCAACAAUGGACUCGAAAGCUGUUUCCUCCGUCAGCGACUACUUGGCUGGUUCGGCCAAGAAGAAUUUAAAGAAGGCUAUUGUGUAA